ACUAUCUAGCUGGACUAUUUGCGGCCACCGCAGGGACUGCCACUGAAAACACGGCUGAGGCGCUGCAAAAAUGAUGAUUAGCGAUUAGGGCUUCGAUUGCAGAUCUUAGUUAUGGAGAUCCUCAACAAGCUGAAGAAUCUGGACGCCUACCCUAAAGUAAACGAGGAUUUCUACAAUCGAACGCUCUCUGGAGGGCUGAUCACCAUCGUCUCCUCCGUCGCCAUCCUUUUACUAUUUAUCUCUGAGAUCAGGCUUUAUAUUUAUUCAGGAGCCGAGACUAAGCUAAUUGUAGAUACCUCAAGAGGAGAAAGGCUACGUGUCAAUUUUGAUGUUACAUUUCCAUCCCUUGCUUGCUCGCUUCUAAGUCUUGAUGCUAUGGAUAUCAGUGGUGAGCGUCACUAUGAUAUUAGGCAUGACAUUGUAAAGAAAAGAUUAGAUCAUCUUGGAGAAGUUAUUGAUUCAAGACAAGGUGAUAUUGGUGCACCACAGAUUGAAAGGCCCUUGCAGAAGCAUGGUGGAAGGCUUGAUCAUAAUGAGAAAUACUGUGGUUCUUGCUAUGGUGCAGAAGGGUCUGAUGAUCAUUGUUGUAACACGUGCGAAGAAGUUCGAGAAGCAUACAGAAGGAAGGGAUGGGGUAUUACAAAUAUAGAUUUAAUUGAUCAGUGCAAGAGAGAGGGCAUUUUCCAGAAAAUUCAGGAGGAGCAAGGUGAAGGAUGCAACAUCCAUGGGUUUGUUGAUGUUAAGAAAGUUGCUGGAAAUAUACAUUUUGCUCCUGGGAAAGGCUUCCAUCAAUUAAGCUUUCCUUUCCUUGAUGUCUUUUCCUUACAGGCUGAAUAUAAUAUAAGCCACACGAUUAACAAACUUUCAUUUGGUACAGAGUUCCCUGGUGUGAUAAAUCCACUUGAUCGUGCACAGUGGAUUCAACCAAGUUCUUCAGGAAUUUAUACAUACUUCAUUAAAGUUGUUCCUACAAUCUAUACUGACAUAAGAGGACACAAGAUAUAUUCAAAUCAGUUCUCAGUGACAGAGCACUUCACAGACGGGAAUAUUUAUCCCAGGCCUCUCCCUGGAAUUUUCUUCAUUUAUGAAUUCUCACCAAUCAAGGUGCUUUUCACGGAAGAGAACAAAUCUCUUCUGCACUUUCUAACAAGCAUUUGUGCUGUACUCGGAGGUGUUUUUACAGUUGCUGGGAUCAUUGAUGCUUUUGUUUUUCAUAGUCAUCGAGCAAUCAAGAAAAAGAUGCAGCUCGGAAAACAAGGCUGACUUCUCAGCCGCUUUUUAAUUUGCAUUGUUAAUGUUUUUUUCAGGCCAGGAAGAAAAAGAGAAUUUCAGAAUGGGGCGCAUAUAUUAGUGAGUAGAGCACAGAAUCUUAGAAUCUACAUGCCUUUCUUACCAAUUUAUUGAAAUUCAGAUGUGCUUUUUUGGUUGCUAAUAGAGGGCCUGAGAAUCAAUGGAUUUGUGAAAUUCAGAUUAUCUUUCAUUCCGCCUUACUUAUGAAAAUGAGUGUUUUUAUUUUAAAAAU